ACAGAUACCAAACCAAGUCCUGCCUCCUUAGUCAAAGGUCUCAAAGAUGACUCUUACAAGCCCUUUCCCGAACAUCACAGAAUAUAACUAUGUGUAUGAUGAAGGUACCUCUCCUUGCAGUGAAGGCAAUGGUUUCAGAAGGUUUAAUUCACUGUUUCUUCCAAUAGUUUACUGCCUGGUGUUUGUCUUCUGCCUAGUGGGAAAUGCCUUGGUCAUAUGUGUACUUUUGACCAGGAAGAAAGUCACCACCAUGACAGACGUGUGCUUGCUCAACCUUGCAAUCUCUGACCUGCUCUUUGUUGUCCCCCUCCCAUUUCAAGCUCACUAUGCUUCAGAAGAAUGGAUUUUCGGAAAUGCAGUGUGUAAAAUGAUGGCUGGCAUUUAUUACAUAGGCUUUUACAGUAGCAUUUUCUUUAUAACCCUCAUGAGCAUAGACAGGUACAUAGCAAUCGUUCAUGCUGUCUAUGCUAUGAGAGUUCGGACAGCCACUUGUGGCAUAAUUAUAAGCUUACUCCUGUGGAUGACGGCUGGUCUGGCUGCCAUACCAAAUAUGGCGUUUAACCAAGAAGAGGAAAUUGAACAGUCUCUCGAGUGUGUCCCCAAAUAUCCUCCAGGCCAAGAGACCUGGCGAUAUUUCACUCAGUUUGAAGUCAACAUCUUGGGCCUUUUGAUCCCGCUCAGCAUCCUCAUUUACUGCUACUCCCACAUCCUGAAAAAUCUGCAGAGCUGCAAAAACCGGAACAAGAUCAAAGCCAUCAAGCUGAUUUUCAUCAUCGUGGUCAUCUUUUUCCUUUUCUGGGCUCCCUUCAACAUUGUGCUUUUUCUAGACUCUCUGCAGAACUUGCAAAUCAUCAACGACUGCGAGACGAGCCAAAGGCUUGCGCUGGCCCUGCAGCUGACCGAAUCAAUCUCCUUCAUCCACUGCUGCCUGAACCCAGUGAUCUAUGCUUUUGCUGGCGAGAUGUUUAAAGCUCACCUUAAAAAAAUAUUCCAAACCUGCAUCCGUCGCAUUUCUAGUAGCAAUUCAGCCAAUCAUUCUCACUCCUUGCCCACUCAAGUAUUAGGCUAUUCUGAUAGUGACAGAGUUCUGUAA